UCAGCAGUCUAAUAAUUGUACAAGCUAUAUUUGACAGCAUGUCACGACAAGUUCAAGAAAAACAGUCAGAAGGUUUGCGAGUCAUGAUUUGUGUUGAUGGAAGCCAUAAUUCAGAAGUAGCUUUUGAACGCUACGCGGAAAAAAUACACAGACCCGAAAAUGAAGUCGUUCUGGUUCACGUUGCUGAAUUCAAUAUCGCGCCUUCUCAGCUUUUUUUUGGCGCAACACCACCUGUAGGAAUCGGAAUCACCUCACCGUCAGCUUCCACUGAGAGUACAAUUCGAGAUUCCCUCGAAGAUGAAAAGAGAAGAACGAAAGCAAUUGAGACCAAAUUUCGUAAAAAAUGCAAAGACAAUGGAAUCAAAUUUUCUUUUCUGAGAUUGACAGACAGUGGACAAGGAAUAGGUCAAGCAAUUGUAGAAGCAGCGAUAAAACAUGACGCACAAUUCAUCGUGACAGGAACCAGGGGUCGUGGAAUAGUAAGAAGAACUAUUCUUGGAUCUGUCAGUGAAUAUGUGUUGCACCAUAGCCUAGUUCCAACGUUAUUAUGCCCCAAAGACUGUUAAUUGAGAGAGAUUGCGAAAACAACGUUGAUUUGAAACUUGCCUUGGUAAUUUUUUUAUGAAUACCAAGUAUAUAUUUGUUUUUCAAUUUUGCGCUGUCAGUGGUUGCGAAUUUUUUAACCACAUUCGUGGAUAUAAAUAUAAAUGCUAUAAUGUUAAUUCUGUGUAUUAUCCCGAAAAAGUGUUUUAAACUAUUAUAAUUACUUUUAUUCAGGAAUAUAAUUUUGUAGUAAAUACUUU